AACCAGACGCCAGCCUGGGCCUAGGAAGAGGAGGCCACAAUGGAUCAACCAAUCAUCCCUCUCACUUCCACCGCAGUAAGGGAAGACCGGCUUGGAGAUUCGUUCGUCAUGGCCCCGAAACCAUCCCGGAAAACUUCAUCUUUUGAGAGAGAAGGAUGGUGGAGAAUAGCAUUAACAAAUACUCCUAUACCUGGUACUUACCAUUUGAAAACUUUUAUUGAGGAAUCCCUAUUAAAUCCAGUGAUAGCAACCUACAAUUUUAAAAAUGAGGGAAGGAAAAAGCCACCUCUUGUGCAAAGAAACAAUCCAGUCCUCAAUGAUCUUCCUCAAUACAUGCCUCCUGACUUCCUGGACUUAGUAAAGAAGCAAGUGGCCUCUUACUCAUUCAAAGACAAGCCUCGGCCAAGCCCCAGCAAACUAGUUUACAAAGAUGAGACACUUCAGCUUUCCCCAGGGCAAUAUGAAAUACUUCCUAUACCAGUUCCCAAGUAUGCUUCCAGGAACUUCGUAUUUCGUUCAACAGUCCAGAGAUUCCCAACAAGCUGUUUCACUCCUCAUGAAGGCCCAGGACCAGGACAUUAUAACUUGAAAAUACCUCCAACAACUUCUAUUACUUCCUGUUUUCAGUCCAAAGUACCUCGAUUCUUGCCCAGCUGUUCAAAAACCCCGGGCCCAGGAGCAUACACAGCUACAGAACAAUACCCCAAGCAGUCUCGGACCAUAGCCAAAAUGGGCCGAGAACACAGCCUUUUCUUCAAUAACACAAUUGGUUUUUAAAAUAAAAUAGUCUUGAUGCGACUACUUCAAGUU